GUUCUCUAUUAGAUGCUUCAAUUUCCCCAUAUCAGCGAAUUCACCCUUUUUUCCGCACCACUCGACGUCGCCUUGCCUUGCGAGCACCUUCGCCAUGUCGUCGACUCCCCAGGGCAGUCUGCGCCAACGCAAUGUCCCAGCUUCUACAAAGAAAAAGGCCGCCGCCGACGCUGCCGCUGACGUCGAUAGCGACCUUGUUGCCCUCAGGUCACCCAAGAAGCUCGCCCGCUCCAAUUCUGAGCUGAGCUACCGCAUCGCCUUCGCUGCCAUCACUGCCCUCGCCUUCUUGACCCGUUUCUGGGGCAUUAGCCACCCGAAUGAGGUUGUCUUUGACGAAGUGCACUUCGGCAAGUUCGCCUCGUAUUAUCUCCAAAAGACUUACUUCUUCGAUGUCCACCCUCCUUUCGGAAAGCUCCUGUUCGCCUUCAUGGGAUGGCUCGUUGGAUACGAUGGCCACUUUCACUUUGAGAAUAUUGGCGAUUCCUACAUCUCGAACAAAGUACCUUACGUGGCUUUCCGCUCCAUGCCUGCCAUCCUCGGCGCCCUCACCGUCUCGGUUGUGUUCUUGAUCAUGUGGGAAUCUGCCUAUAGUUUGCCGGCUUGCAUUGUUGCUGCCGGCCUUGUCCUUCUCGACAAUGCUCAUAUCGGCCAGACUAGACUGAUACUGCUUGACGCUACCUUGGUCUUCGCCAUGGCCUGCAGUCUUCUCUGCUACAUCAAGUUCUACAAAUUAAGACAUGAACCGUUUAGUCGGAAAUGGUGGAAGUGGUUGAUCCUCACCGGAUUUGCCCUUUCAUGUGAUAUCUCCACCAAAUACGUCGGCUUGUUCGCUUUCGUCACCAUCGGCUCCGCAGUGAUUAUUGAUCUUUGGGAGCUUUUGAACGUCAAGCGAGUCGGUGGUGCAUUGACUCUCACGCAGUUCGGAUAUCAUUUCGCAGCUCGAGCGGUGGGUCUGAUCAUACUGCCCUUCAUGUUCUAUUUGUUCUGGUUCCAGGUCCACUUUGCUAUCCUUACACGUUCUGGUCCCGGUGAUGACUUCAUGACACCCGAGUUCCAAGAGACACUUUCGGACAAUGUGUUGACUGCCAAUGCCAUAACUAUCGACUACUACGAUACCAUCACCAUCCGUCACAAGGAGACUAAGGCUUUCCUUCACAGUCAUGAGGCGAAAUAUCCCCUGCGAUAUGAUGACGGCCGUGUCUCCAGUCAGGGUCAGCAGGUUACCGGCUACCCCUAUAAUGAUACUAACAACUAUUGGCAAAUUUUACCGGUUCAAGAUGACCAAGUCAUGGGCCACCAUAUCAAGAACCACGACCUUGUUAGGCUUCGCCACAUUGUGACCGACACUAUCCUGUUGUCCCACGAUGUGGCAUCUCCAUACUAUCCCACCAACCAAGAGUUUACUACCGUAUCCCACGCUGAUGCGUACGGCAACCGUGCGGCUGACACCUUAUUCGAAGUUCGAAUCGAAGGAGGCAAGCAGAACCAGGAAUUCAAGAGUAUUGCGAGUCACUUCAAGUUCAUACACAACCCUAGUAAGGUAGCCAUGUGGACUCAUACGAAGCCACUACCUGAUUGGGGUCACAAACAACAAGAAAUCAAUGGAAACAAGCAGAUUGCGCCCAGCUCCAACGUUUGGCUUGUUGAAGAUGUACCUUCGGUCCCCGAAGACUCGCCUCGGCGUGUAAAAGAUGAGCGCAAAGUCAAAACAUUACCUUUCUUCACGAAGUGGUUUGAGCUUCAGCGCUCGAUGUUCUGGCACAAUAGCCAGCUGACCAGCAGUCAUCCGUAUGCCAGUCAGCCGUUCCAAUGGCCAUUCCUUCUCCGAGGUGUAAGCUUUUGGACUCAGAAUGACACCCGCCAGCAAAUUUACUUCUUGGGUAACCCUCUCGGCUGGUGGAUUGCUAGCAGUCUGAUUGCCGUGUAUGCUGGCAUCGUUGGUGCUGAUCAGGUCUCCCUUCGCCGUGGCAUUGAUGCCCUAGACCACCGCACUCGUUCACGACUUUACAAUUCGACAGGAUUCUUUUUCCUUGCUUGGGCUACGCACUACUUCCCAUUCUACCUGAUGGGCCGUCAACUCUUUUUGCACCAUUAUCUGCCCGCCCAUCUAGCAUCGUGUCUGAUUGUAGGCGCCUUGCUAGAGUUUGUUUUCAUUGCAGAGCCUUCGGCUGAGGAGACAACUGCUCAGGACGUUAAGACGGGUAAGAAAGCGGCUCGCCCUCAACACCACAUGACGGCUCGCGAACGAUUUGCUGGCCAAAGUAUGGUACCAUCAUGGAUCGCAUGUGCUGUGAUUCUUGCGAUAGUCUGUGCUAGCUGGUACUUUUUCCUACCCUUGACCUAUGGCUACCCAGGCCUGAGCGCAGAACAAGUUGUACGAAGAAAAUGGCUAGGAUAUGAUCUCCACUUCGCCAAAUAAAGUAGAAGCUCAGAUAGAAUAUGCUUGUGGCAUGAUCAUCCAAAGAUUUAAGUGUAGUCGACGUUAGUGUACGAUUCGGGAUCAGAUAAAAGGGGGUCAAAAAGGAUAGGGGCAGGGAGUUGUAAUCUGGUGGGCGUCAAGUCAUACGACAUUAAUCUCCUUUAUCAAAUUAGAAUCAAUAUUUCUUAAACUCCAAUGCCAAUUGGCAAUUGCUCGUCAAGUGGACUC